ACAAGUAUGGAUAUCCAGAAACGAGAGGAAAUGAUACGUAUUUUAUUGCUCCUAAAUUUGCUGGUUUUUGAGGUAAGAGGAGCCUGCAAUCGGAUUCCCCAAGGAGCCUCUGGAGAACGAUCGGCUGUGGAUGAUAACUUCAAGAUCUUGAUCGAUGGAAAUCCAUCGACUUAUGUGCCAGAUCAUCAGUACAAUGUUUCGCUUUCCUGUCCAAUCAGCAUGAAGUUCAUAAGUUUCACAUUGGUCAUCGAAGCCGAGGAUCCUGCUUUUAGUGGUCCGGAAAUGAUUGGACAUCUGGAGCUUCUGGGCAGCACAGAUACCAGAUUUAGUACCAGUUGCGAGAACAUGGUGGAGAGCACAAAUACCAACGCCAAAGUGUACAUCGCGGUCUCCUGGAUUGCACCUCGUCAUCCGGACAGCGGUUGUGUGCUGAUAAAAGCGGGAGUUGUACAACAUCGGGAUGCGUGGUUUCUGGACGAUGGUUUCCUCACCAAGCGGAUUUGUCCCGAGGAAAUCGACGAGCUAAACAUUUUGACGCCGCCCUUGGAAAAUUGCUGUGCCUGCGAUGAGGCCAAAUAUGAGAUUGUUUUGGAGCGAAAGUGGGCGAGGAAUACCCAUGCUAAAGACUUUCCCACAGAGGCCUGGCGCACUCGUUUUGGGGAGGUCAUUGGAGCUUCCCACACCCACAGCUAUCGAUAUUGGGCCUACGGAGGUAGAGCCAGCCAGGGAAUGAAGGAGAUGGCUGAGCAUGGAGCCACAACAACCUUGGAGAACGAGAUCAAGGAGAACACUCAAAACGGAGAGGUGCGGACUAUAAUAAGAGCUCCUGGCAUUCCAUACCGCCUGAAUACCUUUGGGAUCACACUGGCCAAUGCCCGUGUGGAUCCUGUUCACCAUCAGAUUUCGCUGGCAACCAAGAUAUUCCCCUCCCCCGAUUGGAUUUUGGGCGUGGCAGGUUUAGAGCUCUGCCUGAGCAACUGCACCUGGCUGGAGAGGAAGGUAUUGAACCUGUAUCCCUGGGACGUUGGCACCGAUUCGGGUCCCUCUUAUAUGUCCUCAGAUGAGCCACAGGUGCCACCGGAUGUGGUGCGUCGAAUUACAUCCUCGUAUCCCAGUGACUAUCGUUCGCCAUUUUACGAUGACACCGGUGCCUCGAUGAAACCUAUGGCGACACUUUAUUUGACAAGGAAGAAGCUCUACGUCCGCGAGUGCGAAGAGGUUUUCCAGGAAGGACCUCUGGAGUGCGCGGUUCAUCCGUGGAACGAGUGGACCAACUGCAGCACGCGUUGUGGUCAGGGUUACUCGCGACGUGAGCGCAGCUACAAGAAUCCCAGCCUGGCGAUGAACUUCAACUGCAAUGCUCGCUUGGAGGAGAUUCGUGAGUGUCAGGGCAACCAGUGUGGAGCAGCAGAGCCGGAACCGGAGGGCGAGGAGCCGGGAUCGGAAAUGGAAAGCCCACCAAGUGGUGGAUCGAUGGCCGAGUGCCAACUGACCAACUGGAGCGAGUGGUCGCCGUGUUCGAAGACCUGCGGACGAGGAUCCUCCACUCGCACAAGGGAUUUCUACAAUCCGCAGGCCAGGCAGCGAUGUAUGUCCGUCAUGCGGCUUCCGUUGGAGGAAACUAGACAGUGCACGGGAUCGGAUUGCGGAGGCACAAUUCCAGACAAUGGAGAGCUCGACGGAUUGCCGGAACCGGAUUUGUUCGGGGAGUCUGAACAGGAUAGUAGAAGACCCUCUUGGGGCAGCAAGCAGAACGUAAUUAAUACUGGUUCAAACAAUCAGGCGUGGAACAGAAAGAUUAAUAAUUCGGGAAAUGAUAGGAAUUCUUACAAUCCCAUGGAUAAUUCACAGGAGUCACGAAAUCCUCCGUUUAAUCAGAUAAACAACCCGUUUAACAAACCUUCCAAUAACAUCGGUGGUUAUGACAAAGGAUUUUCCCCUGCAAACAGCUAUACAAAUGAUAAGCUGGUGGGCAGUAGACCUGGUUAUAGUGACUUCAAUCAGGGCUAUAACAAUAGGAACAACUACAAUGAUUACACUACUCCCAGCUUCAGCAGACCUGGCUUCACCACACGUUCUCCUUACGGAUCUCGCUUUCCCAGUCGUCAAGAGGAUGUGGAGGACACCACCGGAAACAGCAAUGGCAAUGGCUACAAUGUGGUCCAAAAUUACUGCUUCGAGAAGCCCUAUGCCUCCACUCGCCCCUGUUUGGCCAAUCCGGUGGUGGUGAGUAACUACUGGUUCUACGACCACGAAGACCACGAGUGUAAGAUCUUUACCACGGAUAAUUGCGAUGAGAACGGCAACCGCUUUCGAACUUUGAUGGCCUGCGAGGGCACCUGUCUGCAGCCACAGAUGAACUUGGAGCAAACCGAAAACGAGGCUAUGGAUCUGUAUGGAGGUGGCUCCUAUGACCGAUCCCAAACAGGAGGAAGAUCCUAUGAUCAAACGGGAGGAAGGUCUUACAAUCAAAGAGGAAGGGGAUCCUAUCAAGAUCAGGGUAGUUCCUAUGGACAAACCAGUUCGAGAUUAUAUGGAAAACAAGGAGGAAGCUCAUACGAUCAAAUGGGAGGUAGCUCUUUUGACCAAACAGAGGAUAGAUCCUUUGACCUUACAAGAAGUAAGUUCUAUACCCAAGCUGGAGUUGGAUCCUAUGAUCAAGGGGCUGGAGGAGACUCUCAAUUUGAAGGAGCAACUGGAGAAAUUGGAGAUUCCAUGUCGCAAACUAGAAACAGAUAUGAAACACCAAGACGUGGACGUUAUGGUGGCUAAAAGUUGUUUAAACUAUGCAUCAAAA